AUGCGCGUCUCUUCAACCUUCGGGCGUCUGUCAGACGUCCUGAUUCCUAUCUCAUUCCUGUUACAGUCAGCAUCUGCGGCGACCAUAGAAGAAUGGAAAACCAGGACAGUCUACCAAACAAUGACAGAUCGCUUUGCUCGGACGGAUGGCUCAACAACGUCUCCUUGCAACGCCACCGCGGGCCUGUAUUGCGGGGGAACAUGGCAAGGAACCAUUGAUAAGCUUGACUACAUUCAAAAUAUGGGAUUCGACGCCAUUAUGAUCUCCCCCAUCAUUGAAAAUAUCGACGGUCGUGUCUCAUAUGGUGAAGCUUACCACGGUUACUGGCCCUUGGACCUCUACGCCCUCAACUCUCACUUCGGCACCAAGCAAGACUUGCUGGACUUGAGUAAAGAGGUACAUGACCGAGGCAUGUACCUCAUGAUGGACACCGUCAUCAAUAACAUGGCCUACAUCACUAACGGUAGCAAUCCUGCUACAACCAUUGAUUACUCGGUCUUCACUCCCUUCAACAGUGCAGAGUACUUCCAUCCUUAUUGUACCCUCACGGACUGGAACAACUAUACCAUAGCACAACUCUGCAACACGGGUGACAACAUUACUGCCCUGCCUGAUCUGUUUACGGAACAUGAAGAUGUUCAAAACCUUCUCAUGGACUGGACACUGGAUGCCAUGAGCAAUUAUUCCGUCGACGGACUUCGUAUCGAUGCUGCGAAAAGUGUUACCCCAUCAUUCUUGCGGAAGUACUCUGAUAAAAUCGGAGCAUUCAUGACUGGGGAAGUGAUGGAUAGCAGUGCGAGCACCGUUUGCAACUACCAAACCAAUUACAUGGGCAGUCUCCCUAACUAUCCCAUCUACUACUCCAUGUUGAAGGCUUUCACACAAGGAAUGGUCUCUGAGCUUGUAGACUCGGUUCAAACUGUGAAGAACCUGUGUCCGGAUGUGAACGCCAUGGUAUCCUUCUCCGAGAACCACGAUGUGGAUCGAUUCGCCACCUUCACAGAUGAUAUUUCGCUCGCUAAGAAUGUCAUUACCUUCACACUCAUGUUCGACGGUGUCCCCUUCAUCUAUCAAGGUCAAGAGCAACAUAUGAAGGGAUCAUAUGCUUCCAUGGAAAACCGCGAUGCUGUCUGGAUGACCGAUUACGAUCCCAGUGCUGAGCUAGUUUCAGUGAUCACCACGCUCAACAAGAUUCGCAAGCAUGCCUACCGGAUGGACAACAGCUACGUUGACUCCGUGAGCUACAAUAUCUACCAAGGCGGCAGUGAGAUGGCCUUCACAAAGGGCUCUGAGGGACGACAAGUCAUCAUGCUCCUAUCUACCCAGGGUACAAACUCGACUCCAUACACCCUCAAUCUGCCCUCCAGCUUUAAUGCUGGAACAAACAUUACGGAAGUCUUAAGCUGCCAGACUUAUUUCGUCAACGAAUACGAUGCAUCACUGACUGUGAAUAUGGAUUCUGGGCUUCCACAAGUGUUUUUCCCCACUUCUCUCAUGCCGGGCAGUGGAAUCUGCGGUUAUUCUUCGGCGAAUCUUACUUAUACACAGGUGAAGACCGGCCAAACGGGGUCAACAUCGGCAGGAAGCAGAAAUCAACAGGUUCUCGGUCAUGCUUCGCUGGGUGCAGUCUUCCUAGCUUUGAUGACCCUCGCAUUUUGA